CACUCGCUCGGCAGGCGCGGGACAUCCAAUCGGGAUGCCAGCGGCGGACGGGACUGCGCCCGCGCCUGGUCACUCGCGUCUGCGUCUAUCGCAUGCGCCAUCAGCAGACAAAGCUUGGCCAAGCGACCCGAGCACAAGACCGGCUCCGAGACAUGAUGCCACGCAAAGCAGCGCUCGCCGCUGGAGCCUGCGCCCUCCCAGCAAAGGUCCAGGUGCUGCUGGCGAGAGGCCUCGACCUCCACGCCCAAACUGAGCCCAGCCGCAUCCUAUCCUGCGUACUUGCGCUGGUGCGCACAUCGUUGAAGAGCGACGAGCCGCAGCAGCACUCGCUGCUUUCGCAACGCCCACGUAGUCUGCCAGCUCGAGAUCUCUGACUAACGGGCCGCCACAUCACAAGUCGCCCGCUCUGCACCUCGCCCUCGCCGCCUCAGCACACCAGACAUCACCACCGCCGCACGCGCCUCAUGAUGCGAUCUACUCACCACCGUGCCGCACCCUGCGCCCUCCUUCCACGCGCCCGCGUCGUUGCGGUCCAUCUCCGUCGCCUCGUCGACAACAAGGUUGAGGAAG